AUGAAAAAACAAUUUCUUGAAAAGUUCUUCCCUACCUCUCGAGUUGCUAACAUCAGAAAGGAAAUCUGUGGGAUAAGACAAUUCUGCGGAGAAACUCUCUUUAAGUACUGGGAGAGAUUUAAGCAACUCUGUGCCAACUGUCUGCAACAUCAGAUUCCAGACCAUUUCCUUAUCCAAUAUUUCUACGAAGGAUUAUUGCUGAUGGAUAGAAGUAUGAUUGAUGCAGCAAGCAGAGGUGUUUUGGUGAAUAAAACUCCUACUCAAGCAAGAGAAUUAAUCUCAAACAUGGCCGCCAAUGCACAACAGUUCGGCAAUAGACAGGAACCCGUUCCAAGGAGGGUCAAUGAGGUAAGCACUUCUUCCAUUGAUAAACGAUUAGAUACCCUCACCUCUCUCAUGGAAAAACUGGUUGUAGGCCAUGUACAGCAGAUAAAAACUUAUGGCAUUUGUUCAACUAUGGGUCAUCCUACUGACAUGUGCCCUACACUUCAAGAUGAACCCUACGAUCAAGCCAUUGCUGUUGGAGGGUUCCCACAAAGGAGAUACAAUCCCUAUUCAAAUAUGUAUAAUCCAAGAUGGAGGGAUCACCCUAAUCUUAGCUAUGGAGUCAAGCCCUUCGAUUUCCAACCUAGACAACCAGCUCCACAACAUGCACCUCAGAGACCAGGUAUGUCUUUGGAUGAAAUUGUAAAAGCACUUGCAGCUAAUACCCAGCAAUUCCAACCGGAGACAAGGACAAGCAUCCAAAACCUGGAAAAUCAAGUAAGUCAACUAGCAACUGCUAUGAGCCGACUAGAAUCUCAAGGAUCAGGGAAACUACCCUCACAAACCAUAGUCAACCCCAAGCAGAAUGCUAGUGAAACUCACUAG